AUGUAUCCAAAUAUGAAUAUAAAUCGUAAUCAUUCAUGGGAGAAUUGGGGUUCACAUGGAUAUAUAUUGGGAAGUUUUUUAAUAAUUAUUGGUAUUAUAAUACAAAUUCUUGAAUAUCCACGUAUUUUUAAUGGUCCAACAAAUAUCAAUGAUAAUCUUUAUACAAUAACAAAUUAUUAUAAUCAUUGGUGGCCAUGGACAUAUGCAGCUAGUAUAUUUGGUCUUUUUACAUUAUUAACUGGUAUAAUAGGAAUUUUAGCUGGUAUACGUCGAAGUUAUGGUUCAAUUUUAAGUUUUUUUAUAAUGUGUUUAUUUUCAACAUUAUUUGCUGUGUAUUUAAUUGUUUAUUUUUCAUUUAUUAUAAAAUUUUAUCAAAUAAUGAUAGCUAAAAGUAAAUCAGGUCAACGUACAAAUACUGAAUCAAUUUCAUAUGGUCUUGCUAGUGCACAAUUAACUAUGGCAUGUAUUAAUGUUUUAAUUAGUUUUAUUGCUACAAUAUUUACUGGACGUAGUAUUGCAAUUUGUUUACCAAAAGGUGUUUUAUAUGAUGAUGUACAACCAAUGUCAAGACCAAUGCCAUAUCAAACUUAUACAAAUCGAUUUGGAUUUUAG